CAAAAUUUCUCCUUCGUUGUUUCCUUGCAUGCGCUCGGCCGGCCCUAUGGCCGAUGACCGUGAUCCUGCUGCCUGAUUUUGGCAGUGAACGUUAAACUUUAUCAGUUUGAUCAACAACGCAAACCCUCGACCAAAUUGGGAGCCCAUUAAGCAUGGAAGCGUCCCGAGAGAUCCCGAGCCACAUCGUCGCUUCUGUAGCUGGAGCUGAUGCCGGCGUGUAUGAGAAUGCAAACACCAUCACCAAAUGGCUUGUGAGCCAGCCUCUCGCCGAUCAGCCACUGGUGGCCGAAGCCAUUUUCCGGAAACUGUUGCAGGAAGCGUCCCGGUCAAGGCAGUACCACGGCAAUGGCCAUGCUUGUGUCAAGCUCUGCAGCUUUGUCGAGCAAUGUUCCAAGUCGAGUGAUGAAGCCGUGAGGCUGUGGGCUUCCAAUGAGAGCCUGUCAGCAGAGCUCUUCCACUUCUACCUAGAGUGGUACGAGCACGAUCCUCAUCGGGCCUUGCGGCUCGUGUUGGACCUGCUUGUGGCUUCCUCGACAUCCAAUCCGGUGCCUGAGACGGGGGAAUCGGUGAAGAACCACAUCCUGGAAACGCUCGUCUCAAUCGUUGCCCGAAAGUCGCCGCGGCAAUUGACAAAAUCAGGCCUUCAGUGUCUGGACCACUUCUUGAACAAGCGGGCGUUUGAUCUUACGGCUAUCGCCACGAAAUACAAGGAGGUAGAGCCAUCCGUGGCCAACCUGUCAAGCUUGCCCUUAUGGAGAUCUUUCGCUUUUCAGCUCUUCUCCUGGAUGGACCUUCCCUACGUCUGCCCGCUAGCCGGCAAGUGUCUCGUUCACAUUUUCCGAGGGUUAAUGAUAGCAGAGCGGGGCCAAGCGGCGCCAGACUCGCCAGGCUUCUCCCUCGAAGUUUGGCGGCAGUGGCUUCAAGACGCCUUGUCCCGUAAUCCGGAGAUCCUUGAAGACAUCAAGAAUUAUGUGCUCGCGCCAGUAUUCAAAACAGAUCGAGAGACGUCGUUAGCGAUCUUGGAGAUGUUCAAUCGGGGCCAGCCCUUGACUGGCACCAUUGAGGAUCCCAGCAACCAGGGCCUCCUCCUCCAGCUGACCACCCUCGAGCUAGGCAAGAAGUACGGGCUGGUCGAGGAACCUGGAAGCGGCGACGACGUGUCUCAGCAGCCAGCAAUUAAAAACAUCGUCCUUCGAGGGAAUCUCUUGGACAAGCUGCUCGCACAUCCCUCUGUGUCUGUCAGGUCUAGCGCCUUUGCCUUGUUGGUUUCAUCCCCAGCCACUACCAAACCGUUUUCCGAGGUGGCCUUGGAUCUUCUCAAGACACAUCUUGCAGCGUUCCAUGCGGACUAUGAUGCCAGCAUCCGUGAUGAGGUGCUUGGCCAUACCAAAAACCUUAUCAGGAGGGCAAAGAACGUUAUGACUGUCGCCCAACGAAGUCUUCGAACCUGCGAGUCAACAGGCGAGGGAAUUGGCCGGCCUGUCAAGAGGAAAUUCGGCUCGGGGGUUGCGCCAAAGGAUGUCGGUGAAGCAAGAGAGAUUCUUGAUCGCCACGAGGCUUUCUUGAGGUGGUACAUGAACUUUCUGCAAACUGAGUUGCUACCGACAGCGUCAUAUCAGCGACACAUAACAGCAGUCAAAGCCACGCUUUUGCUCCUCAGAGUUGGGAAGCAUGCCGGAGCUAUCGAUGACACGGUCGAUGGUGACAUCGCACAGCUCAUCUUGUCAAACUCCACCUGGAUCCGGCUUCUUCUCGACCUUUUGCUGGACCCGUUUGACGACGUGAGGGACAGCGCAGCUACGGCGCUGAGCUUGCUUCGGCCGAAAACCGUUCAAGCACAGGCGGUGAAUCCCGCCAACCUCCUCGGCACCCUCAGACAAUUUUGCGACCGAGCCAGCAAGCUCGCUGAUAGAACUGGGCGAGCCGACCAUGGCGACGGAGCUGCGCGCUCACAAGGCCUUCUGUGCAGUUGGUUGGCUGACCGGGACUCGCAAAUCUCUCUGCUCUCUGAGAUCCUCCAGAGAGUCGAGUCAAAGAUAUCCAAGGCGGAGGAGGACUUGGGUCACGCUGCUAUCGAGAGUCCGGUGCAUGCGGACUUCGCGGCUAUUGGCUACGUGUGGCGAGUCCUAGCCAAAGGAGUAUACUCCAACGACCAGCUCGAAGUUCUUACCCAUCUACAACGGCGGGUCUUUUUCUGCGCGCGGCAGAUAUGGCUCACAGUCCAGCAUGUUCUCUGCGAUGACUCCCCAGAGGGUCAUCUGCCAGAGGAGCUCGAGGAUAUUGAGGGCUUGGACACCAAAGACUUGUUGAGCUAUAGCUUCAGGGCGGUACAUGAAUCGAGCAACCUCUUGCGCCUCUUGGUGGGAACCCUCAGGUCGAAGAAAGCACCAGGCGUACCCUUCCCGCCAUUGGAUGUCUUCAGAGAGACUGGCUACCUAGCGUUUGAGCAACUUGCUAGUCUACGCCACCGCGGGGCGUUCUCGACUGUGUCCUACACUUUCACAACCUGCUGCCAACUUACGCAGCAGGUGCGGAGCGUCUACACCGAUAUGGACGAGUCCGAGAAUCUGCUUCGUGAAUGGUACCAGGGAACGAUAGAUUGCAUUAUGACCCAAGCGUCGACUACCCGUAGGUCAGCAGGGAUCCCAUCCCUCAUCGCAGCUGUCCUCUCUGCAAACGCUGCCUCCCCAUCCUUCGACGAGGUUUAUGGGACUCUCGAGAAGAUUGGCAGAAAACGUGUUCGGAUGUCCGAAACCGACGGGUCAAAUCUGCCCCAGGUGCAUGCCCUCAAUUCCUUGAGGGAGAUCUUCAGGAGCUCGCUCUUGAGCAAGCGUGCCGAGGGCUACUUGGCAAGGACCCUUCAUCUAGCCGCAACCAGUUUGAGAUCCGAAGUCUGGGCUAUCCGGAACUGUGGCCUUCUCCUCCUGAGGAGCCUUAUCGACUCUCUUCUCGGGACAGGCGAAAAUAAAGCUGCCAUUGAAUCGGGCUGGGACGGUCGCUCGGUUCGCAUUUCGUUCAACAAAUACCCUACGCUGCCAGGCGUCCUCCUAAGUCUGCUCCGGUCCGCCGAUGAGACGCUGGAUCCAGGAUCCCAAUCCGGCGCAGCCGAGGCCGUGUUUCCAGUGCUAGACAUCAUCCGACGUGCAGGCCCUCCCGAAGAACAUCGGUCCGAGUUGCGGAAGCACAUUGAAGGGUAUCUCGGAAGUCGACUUUGGCACGUCCGGGAGAUGGCCGCGAGAACCCUUUGCUCGUUCCUGCUGCAGGAAGACUGGGCGAAGGAGCUCGGUCGACUCCUCAACCAGUCAGGGACCAGGACAAACCAACUUCAUGGUGCUCUGCUGACCGCACGAUUUGUCAUCGAACGCAAGGCGGAGUUGGGCGUCGCUCUCCAGUCAGAAUCGGCUUCGGUUGAGACCGUUCUGAAGGAGCUGGGUCAGAAGACUGAGCUCUUUAGGCAUUGCGCACAACUACAGGCCGCGUAUCUUGAGAUCUUGAAUGUGCUCGCAAGCCUUGGCUGUCGCGAACAUGUGACAAAAGCAGCACUAUCUCCAGUCAUUUCGGAGCAUUGCCGCGGAUCCUCCUCCGCUCUUCUCAACAUGCACGCCUCCCUGAAGGUGGUCUACGAUGCCAUGGCAAUUGGUGAUAUCGAUGGUCUGCGAACACAUCUCUUAAAGUCAAUCCAGAACGACGCCAACACGGCAACCCGGAUGCUGGAAAAGAUCCCCGAAGCGCGGAAACAAGCGAAAGUCCCGAGUGCCGAAUCAGAACUAUGCGAUCUGUAUCUCGAGAGCUGUGCCGUCUCCCUCGCACCUGAGGUGCGAGCCCAGGCGCUGUUGAAUCUAGGAUCACUGAUAGACGAGAUUCUCAGCCGCGACGACAUUACGCGGCUUCCGAGCGAUGAACGACUGGACCAGUUGUGGCGUGAGAUCCGGAAGGGAGACAUGAAUCCGACUUUGUCACAUGCAAUCAUCGAGACAAGCGGAAGCAUCAUGGCUGUCUUUGUAUCCCGCGACUCUGACAAGCUCGACAACAUGGAGUGGAGGGUCCGAAGCUGGGGAGACAUGCUAAGUGAUUGCUUGGACGUGGAUAAUCCCUUCGACACCAGAUACGCAGCGGCCGUGGCCCUCAGGUCCUUCUUCAGCGGCGCCAGACGCCUCAGCUUGGACUCCAAAUACCUGCCGGUCCUCUCGGCACUCUACGACGGUCUGAUCGACGAUGACGAGGAAGUCCGCGAGGCAGCCGCGAGCGCGGCCUCUGCUCUCACUGGUGCCGCCGCAGUUGCCCCGGCCGCGGCGGAUGGCCUGGUCGGGUGGCUGCGGGAGCGCUUUGGAGAGUCGGAAGAGUUCAGGGCGCGCCUUGUGUGCAGGAUGGUUGGCCAGGCGUACACCCUGCCGGGCCCGCUGCAGCUGGUGCCUGCCGAGAAACAGCUUUGCAAGGCGCUGGACUUCGACGAUUCGCUGUUUGCCGCCGAGGAGCAGAACCUCUUCAUCGACGAGGUGAGGGAGACGGCUAGGUGGCGACGAGCUUUUGCGGAUCUACGGCACUCGGGCGAGGAUCAGUCGUUCGGCUGCCUCAAGAGCUGGGUGGAGGAGGGGUUGAACUGUCUCAUUGGUCUUGCGCAAGAGGAGGACGGACCGCUCGGGUGGACGUCGAACCAGCAUGUGUUUGCCGUGUGCGCUCGCGUCCUGCUCUCCGCUGUGGCGAUUACCGGGAUCGGGCAGGAUGAGGGAGCGGUGAUUGUGGAGCUGCUGAGAAAGUUCAGGGAAGUGGGCGAAAAGUGCAGGAUCCACGGGUCGUUACUGAGCAUGGCGAGGUUGGUCUCGGUGGCUUACAAGAUGCCCUAGCGAGGUUCACCCCUGAAGAAACGAAGCAUGGUGUUGUUGCCGCC